ACCACCGCCUCCUCGUCGCCGUGGCGCACGCUGCCCGGCAUGAACACGCCCUCCUCGUCGCUGCUGCUCUCGCAGACGCUGCACACGCGCUACCCGCACAACACCUUCGCCUUCGAGGCCUCGCUCUCCGCUGCGCCUCACAACCUCAAGCUCUCGCUCGACGCGCAGCUCUGUCCCGCCUAUCUCGCCUCGCUGCAGGGCGGCCCGCCCUGUCCGCUCGGCGCCGGCUGUCCGCUGCGCCACAUUCCGCCGUCGUCGCAGAACUUUCGCCCGCCGGCGCGCGACCCGCAUCGGCGCACCGUGUGCAAGCACUGGCUGCGCGGCCUCUGCAAGAAGGUCGACGCCUGCGACUAUCUGCAUGAGUACGACAUGCGCCGCAUGCCCGAGUGCCGCUUCUUUGCCACGUUUGGCUUCUGCAACCAGGCAGAGGAGUGUCUCUAUCUGCACGUCGAGCCGGCAAGCAAGCGGCGGAAAUGCGAGAGAUACGAGAGGGGCUUCUGUCCCAAGGGCCCAACGUGCGAGAAGAAGCAUGUCCGUCGCCCCGCCUGCCCUCUCUACAUCGCCGGCUUCUGUCCCAGCGGCAAAGAGUGUCUCCUCGGGCACCCAAAGACCAAUCCGCCCUCUGCCGCCUCGCGCGCCUCCUCGCCCAUCCAGACACACAGGCCCAUGACGCUCGAAGAGGCAUUCGGACAGCCGCACGGCGAGCGGCGCUACGCUACGGGCGGCGGAGGCGGCGGGUUUGGCGGGGAUAGAGAUGGAGGAGGUGGAGGCAGGGGAGGCAGAGGCGGAGGGAGAGGAGGGUACGGUGGAGAUAGAGGAGGCGAUAGGGGAGAGAGGAAGGAGCCGAUGUGCUUCAAGUGCGGCGAGAUGGGCCACUUCGCGAAUCAAUGUCCCAAUCCCGCGCGUCCGGGCAAUCGCAAUCCCGAACGCGGACCCGUGGUCGGGCCUGGAGGAGGCGGCGGUGCGGGAGGAGGAGGAAUGGGCGGCGCGGGCGGACCACAGAGAGGUGGCAUGGGAGGCGGAGGCGGAGGGAGGGGCAUGCCGUACUAGCUUGCCUCUGCGCCCAAGGGUGGCAAUGGCGAAAUCUUCA